GGGGGAAGCAGGGGAGAGAGAGAGAGAAAGGGUGAAGCUUUAUUAAAUUCUUUUCUUUUUUUCAAGAAAAGAGAAAUGCCCCUUCAAUAAUUACGCACGGAAUUAAAAUAUUGCGGCAACGGCCAAUAGAUUUCCGUGUAAUUGGGCACAAAAAAUUUCCACUUUCUCUCUUCUCCAGCAAUGCUCUGCCCAUCUCACCAUCAUUGACUCAUUCCCCUCCCCCCUCUCUCUCUCUCUAGCGUCCCUCUUCUCUCUCUUCUGGUGCCAAUUUGGCUUCUGGGUUUUGGGGGAAAGCCUCCAGAGAGGUUCUCCUGCGGUCAAAUUUCGAGACUUUGCUCAAGCUUGAUUCUCUGUCCUGUUCUCGCUCUCUCUCUCUCUCCUCUUUGAGAUCGUUUUUUGCCUUCUUCGAGGCACUGUAAUUGGGCCUCUCUUUGGAGAGGGGGAUUGGGAUUCUGGGCGCUCAAAUUGUUUUCCAGUGUCUUCUUUGUGUGUUCUGAGUGUGUGUUGAUUCACUAUGACGGUGGAAGAUGGAGGGAAUGACCGGUUUCCGGUGGGCAUGCGAGUGCUUGCCGUUGAUGACGACCCAACUUGCCUGAAAGUGCUGGAGAAUCUGCUCAGAAGCUGCCAAUACCAGGUUACCACUGCAAAUCAGGCAAUCGUGGCCUUGAAAAUGUUAAGGGAGAACAGGGACAAGUUCGACCUGGUUAUCAGUGAUGUGAACAUGCCUGACAUGGAUGGUUUCAAGCUACUGGAACUCGUGGGGCUUGAAAUGGAUUUGCCUGUGAUCAUGUUGUCAGCUUAUGGCGAUCCCAAGCUUGUGAUGAAGGGGAUAACUCAUGGUGCUUGUGACUAUCUGUUGAAACCGGUUAGAAUGGAAGAGCUCAAGAACAUAUGGCAACAUGUUAUCAGGAGAAAGAAGUCUACCUCAAAGAACCAAAGUCAGUUGCCAAAUCAAGACAAGGGUAAUGGUGAAUCUGGACCGGGCGCGCAAGGAGCGAUAACAAUUGCAAAUCCAGAUGGGAAACUCAACAAGAGAAGAAAGGAUCAAAAUGAAGAAGAAGAAGAAGAAGAAGAUGGUGAAGACAAUGAGAAUGAGAAUGACGAUCCCUCGACCCAAAAGAAGCCUCGAGUUGUUUGGUCUGUGGAUCUGCAUAGGAAAUUUGUUACAGCUGUAAAUCAGCUCGGCCUUGAAAAGGCUGUUCCAAAAAAGAUCCUAGACCUGAUGAAUGUUGAAGGGCUUACGAGGGAGAAUGUGGCGAGCCAUCUGCAGAAAUACAGGCUUUACUUGAAAAGAAUCAGCAAUGUUGCGAGCCAGCAAGCAAACAUAGUUGCUGCAUUUGGGGCGAAAGAUCCAUCCUACAUGCGCAUGACUGCACUGAAUGGUUUUGGAGACUUUCGAACAUUGGCUGGGCCAGGAAGAUUUUCUGGUACUUCUUUGUAUCCACAGGGCAUAAUGCUAGGCAGACUAAACUCGCCUGCUGGUUUAGGCUUGCAAGGGAUUGCAAAUUCGGGGCCAAUUCAGCCAAGUCUUUUGCAGAAUGUCAGCAAAUCAAUCAACUCUCUUGGAAAGCUCCAGCCCAAUCCAUCACCUGCGAGCCAAAAUACAAGCUUGCUUCAGCCAAAUCAUGGCAAGCCAGGUCCUCAUAUAAGAGACAUCGCUAAAUUCGACAAUCCCACAGCCCUUAAAGUUUCCCCCAUCAGAGAUAACCGGGUGACGGCCAGCAGUUCUAGCAACCCUAGCCAUGGCAUCCCUAGCAGCCAUUUGCUCUUACAAGGAAACCCACAGCAAACUCGUGGUGGGGAUGAAUUCGGAAUACAAUCUUCCUUUGGAGCAGUUUCUUUGCAAUCAGAAACCCUGAACGUUGGCGCUGUUGGUGGAUGUAACUUUAUCGAUAAAAGUAGAUGCAAUGAAAAUUGGCACGGUGCAGUUCAGUUACCCCAGCUUCCUUCAGCAAAUCCUACUCCAUUGACAGUGCCCUUUAACUGCAGUCCGGUGACUCCCACGAAUAUGACUGAGAAGUUCACUUUGCCCACUCCUUUUGUCCAUAACAGCCCAAAUAAUAUCUCUACUAGUCCCGUUCCAUCAGCUCUAGGAGAGUCUAGAGGAGACAUGCAAUGUCAAGCUGGGCUACUGGGAAAUGUUAUUCAAAAUGUGGACUUCACAUCUUCAAAAUCAAGAUGGGAAGAUCAUAACCAAAAUUACCAACACCAUUUCAAUCAUGGUUUUGGUACUUUUGACUCUGUGGUAGUACCAGCCAAUGGUGACAUGGAUUCUUUGAUCCAGAAUAUGGGAUCGGCAAGUUCAUUGCGAAGUGGAAGUGUGGAUGCUCCUUUUGCUGUCCAAUCAAAUUCUGGCAAUGCACCUCUCUAUCAGCAAGCAGAAGUUGGCAAAUCAGUAUCCAUGGAGGCAAACAUAAGAUCAAUUGAAAACUACCUCUUGGGGCAAACGAAGUUUCAGGAUGGCUUCAUGCCAAAUAGUUUCGAGUCCCUUGAUGAGCUAAUGGAUGGAAUGAUCAAACAGGAGCAUAAUGAGGCCGUCCUCACAAAUGGAGAUUUCAGCUUGGGCACCUACUCUAUUGGAUCAUGCAUGUGAUGCUAUUGCUGCCCCAUCAAAAAGGGAGAUGACCGCAGCACCUCCUCGAGAAGUUUGAGUCCACUUGUAAUUUUUCAGUGUUUUCUGUCUAGAUUUAAUUAUCUUCUCCGACUUUGUUGUAUGCUUUUAGUAUUCUCUAGUUUUAGCACUUAUCUUUCUUCCUUUAACUCUGUUGCAUUCCUGUUUAGUUAGAAGUUUUUGGCAAAUAUCUGACAGAUUUGUGUUCAUAUCUAUGUUUCUGUCUCCGAUCCAUUUGCGAUAACAAUGUUAUCACCCAAGUCCUUCUGAGUUA